AAAAGUUUGGUUUCAUUUUUACACAACAAAAAAGAAGGCCUUGACGUUUCCUUCUAAAACCCCUCUUAUCUUCUUCUUCUUCACAACAGAGGAAAAAGCUUCAUUCCUCUGUACUCACCAUGAGGAAGAACCGACCCGUUUUGAUAUCCAUGGAAAUUCCGGGUCUUGAAUUGUCUAACAACACCAUUCAAUCUUACCCACCACAACAAUGGAAGAACAAAUGGGUCGGUUCUGUGGGUUUUUCUAAAGAAAUUGGGUGUAAUUUUGGUUGUAUAUCGUUAUCGGAGAAUUUGGAUGAAAAAGCAUUCAAAGAGUUCAAUCCUACAGCAACUCAGCUUUUAAAGCACCCUUUGGCUAUGGUUGCUUUGGUUCCUAGAGAAGCUGCAUUGUUUGCUGCAGGUGCUAUUGCUGGUGCUGCUGCCAAAUCUGUUACUGCACCACUUGACCGUAUCAAGCUCCUCAUGCAGACACAUGGACUAAGAGCUGGGCAAGAAGCUGCAAAGAAAGGAAUUGGAUUCAUUGAGGCAUUUGCAUUGAUUGGGAAGGAGGAAGGUCUCAAAGGAUAUUGGAAAGGAAACCUUCCACAGGUGAUACGGAUCAUACCUUAUAGUGCGGUGCAGUUAUUUGCUUAUGAAACCUACAAGAAACUAUUUCAAGGGAAGGAUGGGGAGCUUUCUGUCAUUGGAAGACUAGCUGCGGGUGCUUGUGCUGGCAUGACGUCUACUUUUGUAACCUACCCACUAGAUGUUCUCAGGUUGAGAUUAGCAGUAGACCCUGGAUAUAAAACAAUGAGUGAGGUUGCUUUAAACAUGCUGAAAGAGGAAGGUGUUGCAUCCUUUUAUAAUGGUCUCGGGCCCUCACUCAUUGGAAUAGCUCCAUAUAUCGCUGUGAACUUUUGUGUUUUUGACUUGGUGAAGAAAGCUUUGCCAGAAAAAUAUCAGAAACGAACUGAAGCAACGCUGGCUACAGGUUUGAUUUCAGCAACUAUUGCCACUCUAAUGUGCUAUCCAUUGGACACAGUGAGAAGGCAAAUGCAAAUGAAGGGUACACCUUAUAUGACAAUUUUUGAUGCCUUCCCAGGUAUAGUGGCACGUGAUGGUAUAGUUGGAUUGUACAGGGGUUUUGUUCCCAAUGCACUGAAAACUCUCCCUAAUAGCAGCAUUAGGCUUACCACUUUUGACACUGUGAAGCGUUUGCUAGCAAGAAGUGAGGAAGAGUUCCAGAAAAUUACAGAGGAAAACCGCAGGCAAAAGGCAGAAUAAUCCUAGCUACUGCACCAAGUAGUUCUUCUGAUUGCAUGAUUCGAUGGACAUUAUUGAUCUCCUCAUUAUUCACGUCAUUUCGAAACACUGGUUCGACGAGCAAGAAACUGAGCUGCCAGUAGUCUAGCUUAUUACCUAGAGCUCGAUUUUGUAAAACUAGGUUUAGUAUCCAAGGUAGUAUAGGUUUGCUUCCCUUAUAUAUCUCUGUGUUUUUUUAGCUCAUUUAAAUGUAGAAUUGCUACAAUCAUUUGUGUUCGCAUGUUUGUACCAUUUGGAGCAA